AUGGGGACCUUGAUGAGGAGGCACCAGGCCGCUGACCCACCUGCCCUGAGCCAAGAAACCCAAAGACGGGUUUUGGCCUCGGACCUGCCCUCUCAGCUCCCAGCUGCUGACGGGGGACUUGCAGAGCUGUGGGAGGACACUGGACUGCAGCUGCCCCAGGGCCAGUUGUCUGGGGUCCCGUUGGGAUUAUGGGAGCCGAGACAGGGCCCUGGAAGAGGCCCUUCCCUAUUUAACGUGAGCUGGGGUUUCCCCAAAUACCAUCACAUCAUUCUUUAUCCACUUGUGAUCUCCCAGGGGUCAGGGCAGCAGCUGCAGGUCCGGAUCUAACCAAACCCAAGUGAGGUGAGCGCCUUUAUGUGGCUGGAACCAGAUACAGCAGCUGCAGUGGGUGCCACGGAGGAUAGGACAGAAACACCCAGAGAUCUCCCUCAGGACCUCCCAUCCUCUAUCCUUGCAGUAGAACUAAAGGAGGAUGGAGGAGCCCAACCUCUGGCCACGUCCACACUGCUGUGGACAACCCCAACCACAGAGGAGGACAAGGAGAGGAUCAGCACUGGAACCAAGUUUGCCCUCCGGCUAUGGCUGCAACAUCUGCACAGUCCUCAGCGUAACACGCCACCAGGUGAAAGUGGAGCUUACAUGGAUGUAGGGCCAUCGAAGGAAGAAUGGAACAUGGACCCUCUUCCCCCAACCCAGGGAUAUGGAAAGUGAAGUGCCCACCCCCUCC